GAACAGCAGCAACCAUUUUGGCUGUUUGAACAACAACAACAUCUCUAACCUUUCUAGUUGGUUUUUGUUGCAACCUGUUGGUAUUGGUCAAUGAUUUUUAUCAAUCUUAUCUAUAAACGCAGGUUAGUUGAGUUUUAAGAAAAUCCAUGCUGUGAGCAACAGGUAGGGUAUUUUUCUUUGGAAAGCAACACCAUUUUCAAUGCCAACCAGAAGCUUUUAUUAUUAUGGUUGCUCUUGGUUCAACCAGACGCUAUGUUGGUCCAAGAAGUCUUAUGUUACUUGCCAUAAUAGGAGCUGGACUGUUCUGCUUGGUUUUGUUGGCAAGUCGUUGUAAUAAUUGUAAUGCAUUACUGGAACAAGCAAAACGUAAUCUGAACCUUGUAAUACACCAAGAGUCAAAGCUGAGAGAAAGACUAAAUGACAUUGCUGGAAAUGUUGAGCACUUGCUUGAUCAAGAGAAGGAGAUAUCAAAGUGGCCAAUCAUUUAUGCAGUCACACCAACAUAUAAAAGGUUUACUCAGAAAGCAGACCUAGUAAGACUUUCACAGACCUUUAUGCACAUUCCAAGGUUUCAUUGGAUACUUGUAGAAGAUGCUGAUCAACCAUCUCAAAGUAUUAAUGCAUUAUUAACUGCAAAGAAAAUCAACUUUACACAUCUAGCAAUUAAAACACAGUCAGAUAUGAAAAGAAAACAAGAUGACCCUAGGUGGAUUAAACACAGAGGAGUGGAUCAAAGGAAUUUUGCACUGAAAUGGAUUAGAAAGAACAUCAAAAAUUCUGAUGACAUUGUUUAUUUUGCUGAUGAUGAUAACACAUAUGAUAUAGAGUUAUUCAAAGAGAUGCGAUUUACAAAAAUGGUGUCUGUUUGGCCAGUGGCAUUGGUAGGUGGCCUCAGAUGGGAAGGUCCUAUUUGUAUCUAUGGAAAAGUAGUCAGUUUUUUCACUGCAUGGCAACCUGACAGAGAGUUUCCCCUUGACAUGGCUGCAUUUGCUAUAAACAUCAAGGUCAUUCUGAGGCAUGCAAAUGUCUUCAUAAAUCCAGAAUCAAGAAGAGGUUUCUUGGAAACAGAUUUUCUGCACUCACUUGGCAUCACAAAGGAUGUUAUGGAGCCAAGAGCCAAUAAUUGCAGAAAGGUUCUAGUCUGGCACACCCAAACAGUAGAGCCAAAAAUGAAACAAGAAAGAAGACUUAAAGCGCUUGGAAUGGGAUCAGAUCCUACUAUCGAAAUUUGAGUUGAAGCCCUUAAAGCCAUGGAGAUCACCAUCCGGAGAUGAAAAGCGCACUCGGAAAUGAAAAUUUCAGAGCAGGUUUUCUCCCAUACAAAUAUUUGACUAUGCUGAAGCUCAAUUCUUGCAUGAUUUUAAACUCUGUCAAAACAUGUGGAAAUUGAAUUUACACACUUAGAAUUAAUGACGAUUGCAAAUGUGACUAUACCUGCAAGAAUUAUAUGGAUAUAAAAGGCUUGUGAUAUCCUCUUUUUUCACCUGUUCAAUGAACGCAGCUGGAGUGGUUCAGUUUUUCCUUUUCUGGUCUGUUAUGUACUAAAGUAUAAAACUGGAUUUGCACGUUUUUCCUCUUUGAUAAAUCUGAGUUUAAUCAUCAAUGCAUAAACAUGGUGUUUCGGAGGCUAAAGACUUGCAGAAAUUAGAGAGCAGGGACUUCUUGUGUAGUUUAAUGUUUCUAAGAUAAUUGAUUUUCAACAAAGGUUUUUGUAACGUCAGGAAAAUUUGGAUCUUUUCAAAAUAUUGAAGCAAUAAGCAACCAAGGAGAAAACCUUAAACAGUCUUCACAGGAAGCUAUUGGCAAGCGACAGUACAGCACUGCAGUUUCCUAGCAAAGCAUGUCACAACCCAUUCAUUCAUGUUUGAAUUUUUACAGUGCUUUGAAACUUGGAACUGUUUAUAAGAACAAUGGUAUAGUAUUGUCACAUUGUCCGAUGUCCGUAUCAAAAAGAAGUAUUUGUAAAAAACACAGCAGUUGCAUAUUUAUUAUGUGUAAUAUUUGCUUCAACUGCUGAUCCAAUUGAACUUUUGACCUGAAUUUUCUCACAAUAAAACUGAAGCCUCUUGCAAUAGAAAUGGAAAUUAUCAUUUCUUCAAAAGUGUAUUGCUAGGCCUGAUACUUACUAUGCUCAUAAAAAGCCUGUUUGAUAUAAAUGUAUUUCAGGUCUCAAAUGCCAACAGAUCCAUCAGUGGGCGAAAAAUUAAUUUCCGCUCCCAAAACACAGUCAUAAUACCCUCACAAUUAAGGCGGGGUCUGAAAAUUUACAUCGAAAGUCAGCCCAAAUGAAUACCCGUUGGCCAUUAUCGAUACUUCUGUUUUCACUUAUCUUGAAAUUUUCUGGUCACCUGUCUCCACACUUUGUAGAUUUUUCAAUUUAAAGCACAGCCUCGCCGCAAAACCAUAGCUUUUUCUUGUGUCACGUUGAAAUUCCUUGAUUUGUAUGAAAAGUGCGUUGUGGUAUUAGAGUGUAAGUAUUGCUUGUUGAAUUGUAAGAUACGUGCAGCAGAGUAUUUGUUCGAUAUCCUUUUAUUCUACCUUCAUAUUUAAAUAAUAUGAUUAUUUUUAUUGAAGAAGUAAGCCAAAAUAUUUUAAUGUGCCAUGUGCCCGCAAAAUGAUUUUUUUUCAUUUCAUAUUGUACAUAUUUCUUUAAUGAUCAUUCUUUCAGUGCCCCUCCUGUUAACUUCUCUUCUUCAGUGCUUUGCUUUAAGUUUAAAUUUGAUCAUCCCCAAGUUUGUGCAAUUUCCAACAGCUUUGGUACCGCGCUUCCAGGACAUGUCAUCCCCAUUACAUGCUUGCAUCGAAGACCCUCUUUCAGCCCUGAUUCGUCAAACGCCAUGCUUCCAACACCGUCCACACUUUUCUCAGUUCCAACUCUUAGGUGACGAGGCAGCUGCAAAAGCGUGGAGCUUUAUUAAUAGCAGAAGCCGCAUGCAAUAAGUGCCAAUGUUUUUAAACAAGAGAUACGCAUGACGCAUGGAAAAAAGCAAGCAUAUCUUUUCGUAUCUUGCUUCACGCCCUGUAUCUGCUUCACACUUGCUUCGCGAAGCGAAAAAGCAAUCUCAAGACAAUUUUACAUAAAGAAUCACUCUGCUUUUCUAUCCUCUCAAUGCAUUUCUAGCCAAAAUUUUCUACCCUUUUCCUAUUUUUUCUUGUCUUCUGCAAAGCUAUCCUUUAAUUUUCAAAUAGACCAAGACAACCAUGAUGUUCCUCGCAAAAGUCUGAGCAAAUAAACCCAUUUGCUUCCUGUGUAGUUUUAUCAUUUUUGUAUAGUGAUAUGACUUGCUUCAUCCCCUGCUUUACAACUGUGGAACGUGUAAGUAGGGCCAGUUCUUCCAACACCAUUCUUCCAGCUCGACUCUAUUUAUUCCUCUUCUUAAAGACAGUCCUUUUUCCUCCGACUUCUCCAGCACCAUUUCCCCAGGGCUCAUUUUCUUUCUACUCAUUUUUGCGAAGCACUCAUCUUACGCCAACGUCUUGAGCACAGCUCUUGUAAGAAACAAUAGCCCGAAUUCCUGACACGCAUUAGCAACAUUCUUGGGGAAACUUUUCAGGCGCCAGUCGUCAAUUGACACUCCCAUAGCAACGAUUUAUUGCCCGCAACUCGCGUGCGAUAGCGCGCGAGUGAAGGGCUUAUAGUCUGCCCCGCGUAUAAGUAGCUUAUGGAAGCUUCAGUUCAUGUUGUCAGCACUUUGUCAGCAGAUUUUGUCACUUUUCUGCUGCCAUGACAACUGUCAAUCAAUUUCAUUGUCAAUCAAUCGGCUUUGUCGAGGAGGUCGUUAACCGCCACCUCUUUGUGCGGAAGGGAAUUAUCUUCGGAGCGUUGCUCUGCCAAGAAUCUGUUAAAGGCCUUCGAUUUUUUUGGCACGAAAACGGUGCUGCAUCACAGCUCAGUUCUCCGCAAUGGAUGGAAGUUUUGAUUCGAAGUUUUGGGAAUCAAAACCAGUCGAAUGCCACACCUUUCUCCCAAAAACUCGAGACCGUACGAACAAAAGUUAUGAUUGUCAUGCUUAUCGCCUGUACAUCGCUGUACGAAUCCUUUAUCGCAAUCGAUUUUAGCUGUACCCGUUCUAUCACGUGUUCAUUUUCAUACGUCUUUGUUUACUUCACGAAAACGAAAAAUAAAUGUCAAACCCUCGAAAAACUUCAUGAUUUUCAAAAGGACGUUGGACUUGAAUCAAAGGCAAACUGAAAACCAAAAAUUCUUGAUAAAAAGAAUAGUUAAGCAUCAACUAGAGCAGCUGUUUUUAUAAAAUUGUGAAAACCCAAGAUGUUGUCUUCUUCGAAUAUCCUGACCUAAAUUUUCAAAACAAUCAUUAUCAAGGAACAAAUUGUUUGUGGGCAGUACUAGCAAGAGCUAUUUCUAGUUUAUUUAUCUCCUUGCUUGGCCCUCUUCUAAGGCCAAUUCUUCUAGUACAAACUCUUCUGACCUUGAAACGUUAAACUACAUGACCUUUUCACACUUGCAAUAGCGGGCGAUAAUCAACAUUAUUUGUAGGUCAACUCCCUCAAAGCUACGGUUUUCGGCGCCCACUAUUCUUAUUUCAAUAGAUUCGGAUGGGCUGGGCAUACAAACACGAACUUCCUUGUCUGGUUUGACCAUGUUGCUUUGAGUUAUUUUGAACUGGAAAGACUUAGAAUCUGUUAUCUAAAACGUUGUUCCCUAUGUUAUAAGGAAAUUAGAGACGCUUUUUUUUGUAGCUAUUGUGGAGGUCUGAAAGCUUCAGUUUAUUGAACCGUGAUCGACUGUGAGCUGUUUUCUGGCUGUAAGAAAAUCAACCUUUUAGGGUUUUUAUGUUUAAGCAACCAGGAUUUAGAAUAUUGCUAUAAUAUUUGAUUGUGGGUGGUUGUUUGAAAUGAAUUGUAGAUAAUAACUUUAAGCUCUUUUGGAUAUAGGCAGGAUAAGAUAAAUUGUUAUCAAUUAGAUGUUUAACACUUUUAUAGUCAUUUUAUAUUUAUAAGUUGUCAUCAUCAUCUUAUAAUGAAGCUUUCUACUUCUUGGCGAAACGAUUGAUUAUAAGAUUGAUUUAUAUUCAAUAAAGGUUCAUUGGCUAUUUAUCAGUUAAAGAUAUUAUUUGGCCAUUGUGAAAAGUUUUUAAAGACUAUGGCAAGAGGUAGAAAUAGGCUAAUUUUCAGAAUUUGCUUUAUGUUUUACUUUAAAAAGUGAGAUUUUUGUUAUCAGAGAUACAAGUGUUUAGAAUCUCCAGAUAUUGCAAAUGUUGCUUACUGGCAUUUUUCAUCUUAUCGAGUUUAAUAUGUUUCUAUUAAUCUAGCAAUUCUUGAUUUGUUCGCAUGAAUUUCUGAUUUAGUAACUUGUUAUUUUCUUGGUCUAUAGAUAUUGUUGUAAUAGUUCCAGGCCAAGGUCCUUAAAAAUUUUAAAGAGAGCGAAUAUGCAGUGCUUUUAUGGCUUUGAUGCAACCAGAUUUCAAGCAUGAAAACUAAUUUAAUUUUUGUACCGUGGCCAACCCUACUCAUUCUACAAGCUAUUUAUUCUUUGGCAGCAUGACAUGUCAAUCCACUCGCUUCAAAGAUAUAUAAAUAUAUAUCUACCGGAUUAAAAAGUGACCAAGCUUAAUUUCUCAUCAACGUCGAAUUUUAUUCAAACUUAUUCAAUCUGAUCUAUUUCAUCUGUCGAGUCUCAUACUUUGACAGAAUUUAAGCGGAAAAUAAUAAGUUGGGCUUUUUAUACUUUUAUCAUAUUGUUCUGUAUUGCAGGUAAAAUAUAAAAAUAACACACGGUUCAUAGGAGCAUAACAAAACUUUCAGCUUUGCCACGCAUCUCCAACAUGGAUCUCCAUGACUCACUAAAUCAACUAAUUAUUCUAAUUUAUGCAAUGUUAUUUCAAUAUGUUUAAACGCAAUCGUUGCCCGAAUUCUGUCACAUUUGAUUAGUUGACGCUUUAUCCAUUUACCUGCGUCAAAAAAACUCUUCAAUAGUUGUAGACAUAAUGAAAUCAAAUUCCUUAAACGAAUAAUUCUAACGCUGAAUACAAGUAUAGUUCGUUUUUGCCACCCUUUAAAAUCGGCAAAGUACCAAUUUCCUUUUUGCUCAUUAAUAAUUGUAGGUAUAAUUUCCUUAUUAACUUGGAAAGCCAUUUAAGUGCGUCUUUUUAGUUGCAGUGAAAAUUACUGGUUUGCUGAUCUGUCAUCCAGAGCUCGAUCCCGUAUAGGCCAAUAUCCUUGCUGCCGAUCUUCUCUAAAAGAUUUUAAGUAGAUGUAUCGUUUCUUGUUUGAUUUUGGAAGUAAAAAUCAAAUCGUUUUCGCCUUCAACUUUCUUUCAAAAACACGGACCAACGAAAACUGCCAUACUUGAUGUCUCAAGAAUUUUAUUGAAGCAAUUGACGAGUAAAAGUUGUCAUGGCCUUUUCUCUUAGUUAGCGUACCAUUCCAUUGAUUCGGUCAUUCUUUUUAAACCUCCCAUACUUGAAGGCAAAUGUAACAAACAACGACGCAGACAAAACAAGGAAAAUAGCCAGAAAAGUAUGCAGGCAGGCAAGCAAAAAGCGAAGCAAGCAAGCGAAGA